AUGGCUGUUCCCCGGCUCCCACCCGUGCUGCUCCUACUGCUGUCCUUAGCCCUGGGAUCUGCUGGACAAGAAGGCCUGCUACCCACACUUUUUCCAGGUCUCCAUCCAGCCCAGGAUACUGGGGAGAGGAUCUUUAAUGGAGUUGUAUGUCCAAGAGGCUCCCAUCCCUGGCAGGUGGCCCUGUAUGACAACAAUAAGUUCCAAUGUGCAGGCGUGCUGGUCAACCAGCAGUGGGUGCUCACCGUCGCCCACUGCCACCAGAGUGAGUACAUUGUGCAAAUGGGUAGUGAUCUUCUGGUUGAUGGAAAUGCCCAGAGGAUCAGGGCCACACAGUCCUUCAUCCACCACCGGUAUAUCAACCACACCGAUAACCAUGACAUCAUGCUGGUGAAGCUGCGCAGCCCGGCCACGCUCUCGCCCACUGUGAGCACAAUCGACCUACCGUCCAGCUGCAAAGACCCUGGGACAAGCUGUACUGUGUCUGGCUGGGGCGUCAGCCCCGGGGAUAGAGGAGCAAAAAAGUCAUCAGAGCUCAUGUGCUCGAAUGUCAACCUCAUCUCCUACCGGGAAUGCAAGCGGUCAUACUGGAUCCUGUUGAAAAAAUACAUGCUCUGUGCGGCUCCCCCGGACAGGCUGUCAGACAGCUGCAGAGGUGACUCCGGGAAUCCGCUGAUUUGCGAAGGUUCCCUGCAAGGCUUGGUGUCGGCCGGCUAUAUCCCUUGUACCCUGCCCUUUAAGCCAGUGAUAUACACCCGCAUAUGCAUGUACCGCAAAUGGCUGUAUGAUACCAUGAAAGCCAAUUCCUAAUCUCUGCAUGCUUUCAUCCUUUGUCCCUAUGCCCUGAACACGGACUUCCCAGAAAUAAAGACAGUCCUGACUUGCA